AUGGUUUACAUUGGACUUUAUCUUUGGACAUUUUCAUUCCGUUACACUUGUUUGGUAAUUCCAUCAAAUUCAGAUUCAAAUAUAAUUAAUAAUAAUAAUUUCAAUAAUGGUAUUAAUAAAGGAAUUGUUACAUUUCCAACAAGCAAUAAUCAACCGACAAAAACCAGCAACAACAUCUACCAUGUCGACGGUCAAUAUCGUGUUAAUACACUUCAUAAAAAUACCGAUUUGAAUGAUGGCUAUUUAACUAUUGAAAUACCAUCAUCAUCAAUCAAACAACAAUCACCAUAUUAUUUUACACCAAAUGAUAAUAAUGCUUUUAAAAAUCAUCCAACAAUUAAUCCUUAUUAUCAAUUGCCAAUUGUCCAACAAAAUGAUGAUGUACCAGUUGUUAAUUAUCAACAACACUAUGAAUUAAUAACACCAGAAUAUUAUCAACAAAAUAAUCAACUACCUCAAUAUGAUAAUCAACAACAUAAUUUACAACAACAAGAGAAACAUCCUCAUCAUCAUCAUCAUGAACAAGUGGAUAUUAAUAAUGAUAAACCAACGGAAAUGCUUUACGUGUCUUCUCAUCGUGAAACAUCACUUACCAAGACUCGAAAGUUUCCUUACAAAUAUUAUCAACCAAAUGAUGAUACUGGAAUACAUUUUAUCGAGGAAGGACACGCUUUCGUUCCACGAGAUAGACAAAUUUCACCGUGGCAAAAAUUAAUUCAUCUUGCUUGGGCGGUCCUUCCAUUGGGUCUUCUUUUUGCGGCAUUAAAAUCACCAUCGAGAAUUGAUAGAAAUACAACUCAGCCAAAUAUAAUGCUUUCGAAAUGGCGAGAUGGUGAGGAUCUUCCAGUUGAGCAUAAAAAAAAAAUUGAUGAAAUUUGUGAUGAUGUUAAACUUUGUGAAACUAUUGUACAUGGUUCUGAUAAAAAUUCUGAAAUUGUUUAUAAUAUACUAUGGAAUUUUGCAACAAAGUCAACAAAUGAAGAGGCACGUAAAAAUGGUCUAGAGGAAAUAUUUCAAGCAGUUAAAAAAAAAAAUUGUAAAAUAAUAACAUGUUGAAAUUUGAGUCUUCGAUAAGUAUUAUAUAGAAUAAAUAAAUUUUUUUAUAUAAAUUUUUAAAUUGAAUUUUCUAAUUGUCGUAUAAACACCGCAGGUCGUGUGUGAA